AAACAGGUUUCAUUUCAACUCAAACACUUAAAGUCACUCACUCACUGUUCUUGUUGUUAGAUAUGCCAUCAUCAUUCUCUAUCUUCCCUUCACUUCAAACCCCAAACUCCAACCAUGCUCAUCUCUUCAAUCCAAUCAAAUUCCCUAAAUUCCAUUUUAAUUCAAGAAGACUCUCUUCUCCACCACGCUCUCAUCCUACCUUUCCCCAUCUCUACAAAACCUCUUCAACUCUUCGCCGUAGAAUUCCAUGUAGUAAAGCUUUGAAAGACUCCGGCGGAGGUGGCGGCGACGGUGGUGGUGGUGACCGGGAGGUGGAUAAGAAAAAUGAGUCGUCGGGACCUUUUCCUGAUUGGUUGAAUUUUACUUCUGAUGAUGCGAAAACUGUGUUUGCUGCUCUUGCUAUAUCACUUGCGUUUCGUACUUUCAUUGCUGAGCCUAGGUUCAUUCCUUCCUUGUCAAUGUAUCCUACUUAUGAUGUUGGAGAUCGAAUUGUUGCUGAAAAGGUUUCAUAUUAUUUUAGAAAGCCGUGUGCAAAUGAUAUCGUGAUAUUUAAAAGCCCUCCAGUCCUUCAAGAAGUUGGGUACACUGAUGAUGAUGUUUUCAUAAAACGUGUUGUUGCAAAGGAAGGUGAUGUCGUAGAGGUCCGUAAUGGGCAUCUAAUAGUUAAUGGGGUUGAGAGGGAUGAGAAGUUUAUCAAUGAACAACCGAAGUAUGAGAUGAAACCCACACGUGUUCCUGAGAACUCCGUUUUUGUGAUGGGAGACAACCGCAAUAACAGCUACGACUCCCAUGUCUGGGGUCCCCUGCCAGCCAAGAAUAUCAUAGGUAGAUCAGUAUUACGCUAUUGGCCACCAAACAGAAUUGCUGCCACAGUUGCUAAGGGAGGGUGCCCUGUUGAUACCAAGCAGGAGACUCCUAGUACUACUCUAGCAUCUCAAUGAUGAAGGCAUCAACCUUUUGUCAAGCUUCAUUUUAGCAUUCAUUGUGUACAACAGUUUGUUGGGAAAACGUUUUUACGCUCCUUCCCAUUCUUUGUAUUAGCUCGUGUCGUUGCCGAUCAACCUUCAGUAACGAGAUAUUGAAUCCAAAUUAGCAAGACACUCACAAAAGAUCAUUGGUUAAUGGUUGGUAAUUGGGAAUUGGGUGAAUUUCUGCAGUAGGUAGCAAUUGUUGGUUUUGAA